AUGGUCAUCCCUAGCAAAGCUCUUUUUACUGGCAUCGCAUUUGGCCUUAUUGGGCCAGGUAGCGCACUCUACGACGAGCCAAAUCAGAGAGUAGGUUACAAUCCACUUGUAACUGAGUGGAAUGGCCCAGACUCCAAUCUUACUGCCACUAUUGGCCUUGUCGAUGCCAGCUAUGUCUCGCACUUCGACACCCGUCGCCAGAUCGACGUAACGGCAUGGGCUGACGUUGUCGGAGCUGGAGGUACUGUUGUUAUAGCAGCAAACUCUGCUGUCGGAAUCUACAGCUUCAUCACCGAUCUGAUCAAGAGCAAAGCAAACUCAAACUCUUGCAGUAUGACUACCGGCACACUCAGACGGUCACUAUGUCGAGGGCUAUGCCUACCAGGCUACCACCAGCGGCCACGAUUGCAAGACGACAUCUGA